AUGGUGAAAAUCUUGAAAACAAGACUUGAUUUGCAAAAUGCAUUGUUGUGCAAGGGUGAUUAUUUCCAUGUGAGAUGUUGUGCACAUAUCUUGAAUAUUAUAGUUCAAGAAGGGUUGAAAGUUGCUAGUGAUGCUUUGGAUAAAAUUAGAGCAAGUGUCAAAUAUGUAAAAGCAUCAGAAGCGAGAAUGAUUAAGUUUAAGGAAUGUGCUAGGAAAAUUGGUAUUGAGCUCACUUCUUCACUUUGCUUGGAUGUGCCUACACGUUGGAAUUCCACAUAUUUGAUGCUUGAUAGUGGAAUUAAAUAUCGCAAAGUUUUUUGCAUGCUUGCAUUUGAUGAUUUGAUUGCACGUUUGUUGGAGGUAAAUGCUAGAAGUAAAGAUAAAGUGGUGAAGUCUAUAUCUCUUGCUAUGCAAUCAAGGUUUGAGAAAUAUUGGGAGGAGUAUAGUGAUAUUAUAUCAAAGGGAGCAGUGUUUGAUCCAAGAAUGAAGUUGAAGCUUUUGGAGUAUUGUUAUUCAAAAAUUGAUCCUAUUUCUAGUAGUGAUAAAAUCAACAUAUUGAAGAUGAAGUUGCAUGUUCUAUAUGAUGAGUAUAAGAGAAAGGGUGUUGGUGAAUACAAAAGUUACAAAGGUGGAACUUCCGAUUCAAAAUCACUUUUGGAUAUUUAUUUGGAGGAAGCCCCAAUAAAUGAGAAGGUUGAAAUUGAUUUGCAUAUGUAUUGGAAAGAUAAUGCUUCCCGCUUUGGAGAACUUGCUAGGAUGGCGUGUGAUGUGCUUAGCAUUCCCAUAACGACAGUGGCAUCCGAAUAUUCCUUUAGCACUGUAGCACAUGUUUUGAACAAGUACAGGAAUAGAUUUUUUCAGAAAGAGUUCAAGCUCUUAUUUGCACACGUAAUUGAUGGUGAAGACGAUGAGCAAGAAGACAUGGGUCAAGUUGAAGCACCAAAUGUUAUCAAUGUUGAAGAAGAGUGUUACUCAAAUGUUUAG